AUGCUGCCUGACGGCCGGGUAUCGGCUGUGGGAAGGUUCAAGGACAUGAUCAUUCGAGGCGGCGAAAACAUUGCCCCGACUGCGAUUGAGAAUGUCCUGAACAAAUUCCCAGACGUGGAAGCACAAGUUGUGGGCGCCAACGAUGACUAUGCCGGUMAAGUUCCAGUGGCAGUCGUGAGGAAGCUUCCCGUCGAUGAUGCUGAAGGUAACCCGGCUGGAUCGCUUCUGAAUGCAGUUCGCACAUCGAUGGGCAUUCUAUACAUCCCAGACGAGAUCAUCACACGUCAUGAGCUCGGACUGGUGGACUAUCCACGGACCAUGAGCGGCAAGAUUCAGAAGUCAGUGCUCCGCAAACUUGUGRCAGACCUUCGAAAAACCCGUGGAUCGACUAAGAAAGAGAGUGAGUCACAUCUGCGACCGACAUUACAGCAACCAUCGGUCGAGCAGACAGUCUUGGAUGUGUGGUGGCGCGCUACGGGCAUUGCUCCCACGUCCCUGAACACAGAAGCUCCAACGACGAAUUUCGCGGACUCGAUCACCACGAUGCGUGUGAGAGACAUGUAUCGCAAGGAAUUGGGUCUGACUCUCAGUGCCCAUGAGAUGACGGUACAAGCCAGCUUGAGCAGCCAGAUCCAUGCCCUAUAA